AUGUCGGCUGACCCGAUGGAUGUCGAGCUGGAAUCCUCGUGCUUCGCGACGACCAAGCAGGUGACGGCAACAAGCAAAGGCAAAGGCAAGGGGAAGGGGAAGAUGGCGGACCCGGGGGCGCCGGGCCCGACGACGAGCGCGGCCGCCGUGGCACGCCUGGCGCACCGCGAGACCGCGAGGCAGACUCUGCCCUGGGUGGAGAAGUACCGGCCCUCGUCGCUGGAGGAGCUCGUGGCCCACGAGGACAUCGUCGGCAUCCUCCAGAAGCUGAUCGCCAGCAACAAGCUGCCGCACCUGCUGUUCUACGGCCCACCGGGGACCGGGAAGACCUCGACCAUCCUGGCGUGCGCCAAGAAGCUCUACGGCGCAGACUUCAAGAUGAUGGUCCUGGAGUUGAACGCCUCUGAUGAUCGAGGCAUCGACGUAGUGCGAGGCCAGAUCAAGGAGUUUGCCGGCACGAAGCGCCUGUUCAGCUCCGGCGUGAAGCUGGUCAUCCUAGACGAGGCGGACGCGAUGACCAACGAUGCGCAGUUUGCUCUUCGCCGAGUUAUCGAGAAGUACACGAAGCACACCCGCUUCUGUAUGAUCUGCAACUACGUGAACAAGAUCAUCCCGGCGUUACAGUCGCGGUGCACCAAGUUCCGGUUCGCCCCCCUGAAGCCGGAGCAAAUACAGGGGCGACUGCAGCACGUGGUGGAUCAGGAAAAGGUUACGAUCACACCAGAUGGCGUGGAGGCGGUGAUGCGCCUGGGGCAGGGGGACAUGCGCCGCGUCCUCAACCUCUUGCAAUCCACGCACAUGGCCUACCAGAAGGUCGACGAGCGGCACGCCUACCUGUGCGCGGCCGCACCUCUGAAGGAGGACAUGGAGUACAUCCGCAACGCUCUCCUGACGGCUUCGUUCAAAGACGCGUUUGACGGCAUCCUGAAGCUGACGACCGCGAAAGGAUACUCCCUCGGGGACAUCGUACAGGAGCUCGCGCUGAAGGUGAUGGAGAUUGAGCUGCCGGCGGCGGUGAUGGUACACCUUCUGGACGAGAUGUCCAACACGGAGGAGCGGUUGGCGCACGGGGGCUCCGAGCGGCUGCAGCUGGGGUCCCUGGUCGGGGCCUUCGCUACCGCCAGACAUAUGAUGUCUCCGGCAAGCUGAAGCACUCUCUCUCUUUCUGCGUCGUCGAGAGGGAACCCUUGCAAAUAGAAACGCCGACACACCUCCUGUGCAGUAAAUCCUUGGUAUGGUUCUGCUCAGCAUGCGGCAUAGAUAGUUUGUCGUGCGUGCAGGACUAGCACACACGCCCUGCGUGUGUGGCGGUAAGCUUGUUAGACCUAGGCGCUAGCCCGGGGGAUAGGAAGCUGUGUGUGCCCACCGCCUGGAAGCAUGCGGUCGCCUAAUGCUGUGUUAAGUUGGACAAUGUCACGGGGCAGGUGCUAUGACCCUGCCGCUGUGCCAUGUUGCCAUUUUUGCUGCUGCGCGAGCUGUUGUGCGAAAGACCGUCGCCGCUACUCUAGCGACUUUGUGCAGACAGGUUGCCAAGUCUUCACUUAGUGCCGGUGCCUCAUGGUUCUACGUGUGCGUACAUCUACGUUCUGGUUUUGUGAGACUUGAAGUAGGCCCUUUGAUGUCCUUGGGCGGUGGGAGGAUUUUCCCGUAUUAUUGUGGCGGAUGCCUUAGAAAAUAUUCGUACAAUCACCGAAAGACUGCUGUACCCGUUCGAGACAAUACCCCAGUCAAUGGCGUGUAUGUCGUGAGGUCUUUACAGUGAGUGGGGAAAGGAAGCUGCUGGAUACUGGGCCUACAAUUGAGUUUGUUUUGAAGCCUUUGCACUGACGGGUCUUUGUACUGGCGCAUGAUGAGCGGCGCUAGCAGCCUGAGAGGAUCUCGGCUCUUGGAGGGAGAAUGCAGGGUGGCACAACGGUCCAUUUCGAUGAAACCGACGUUUCGCGAAAGACUAGUUGGAAGACUACUUGUUGGCGGAUGAGACGCACGUUGCGUUUGCCGCCGGAGGCAGGUCUUGUCUCAGCUACCCCAGCUGGCG